AGUUAGUACUGCCUAACUGGUCGGCAGAGAACAACAGGCUUUCUGUAAAGUCAGGACAGGCAGCCUGGAGAGAGGAAGGUGCGGACGAACUGCCCAUGGCUGACUUGAGCUUCAUUGAAGAUUCUGAACCCUACACGGGAAAGGAGGAAGAUGAUGAAGAGGAAGAGGAGGAGGAGGGUGUGGAGUGGGGUUACGAGGAAGGAGUUGAGUGGGGCUUGGUGUUUCCUGAUGCUAAUGGAGAAUAUCAGUCUCCUAUCAAUUUGAAUUCCAGAGAAGCCAGAUAUGAUCCCUCACUGCUGGAUGUUCGUCUGUCUCCAAAUUAUGUGGUGUGUCGUGAUUGUGAAGUCACUAAUGAUGGACAUACAAUUCAGAUUGUUCUUAAAUCAAAAUCAGUUCUUACAGGAGGACCAUUGCCUCAAGGACAUGAAUUUGAACUAUAUGAAGUCCGAUUUCACUGGGGGAGAGAAAACCAGCGUGGUUCUGAACAUACUGUUAACUUUAAAGCUUUCCCUAUGGAGCUUCAUCUUAUCCACUGGAAUUCCACCCUUUAUAGCAGCAUUGAUGAGGCCGUGGGGAAAACACAUGGAAUAGCAAUUAUUGCUUUGUUUGUUCAGAUAGGAAAAGAACACAUUGGCUUGAAGGCAGUGACUGAUGUUCUUCAGGAUAUUCAAUACAAGGGAAAGACUAAAAUAAUACCCUGCUUUAAUCCAAAUACUUUGUUACCAGAUCCUCUUCUGCGUGAUUAUUGGGUAUAUGAAGGCUCCCUUACUAUCCCACCUUGCAGUGAAGGUGUUACCUGGAUCUUAUUCCGAUACCCUUUAACUAUAUCCCAGAUACAGAUUGAGGAAUUUCGAAGACUGAGGACCCAUGUUAAAGGUGCAGAACUCUUAGAGGGCUGUGAUGGAAUUUUAGGAGACAACUUUAGACCCACUCAGCCACUUAGUGACAGAGUAAUCCGAGCUGCAUUCCAAUAGCCAAAGAGACCAAGAAUGAAUUAAUCUUCAUCCAGGGAGGAGGAGACAAUGGUCCCUCAGUGCACUCGGAUAAGAAAUGGAAAACGUGGAGGCGCUGCUUCAGUUUAUUAACAAAGCCUGCAUUGUCUGCCUUCAUCUAAUUCCACUUUGAUAGACAGCUGGGCCAGUUACUCUGUCCGUACAAUCCAGUGAAAUUUUAGAAAUGGCUAUAUGUUGAAAAGAACCAUUUUAUAUUCUCAAGUUACUACUGUUAAUAUUCUCUAAAUAUUCCUUUUUUCCUUCUCAGCGUUUUAUAGUUGUGUGUAAGUUGAAAAAUACUUGUUUUUCUGGUUUGUUGUAAAUGUGAACAUGUAGCAUGUAUCAGUUUUGUAGACAGUUGGAAAAAAUUGACCCCAAACAUUAAUAAUUCAUUUCCUGACUGUAACUGAAAAUUCUACUCACUCAGUAGAUGGUAUAAUUCAUGAUAAUAAAAUUAAUAUUUCAAUCAAGAAAAGCAUAUAAUUUCAAAAUGAGGUAUAAAAGCAUGGUAUUGAAAAAGAUUAUGUGUAGUUUUCUCUCACCAUUUCUAUACCUCUCUACUAAAAGUACCUGGAGAGUAUACACAUGAGAAUGUUAGCUUUGUACAUAUGGCCUAUGGAAAAUUUUUUGGCAACAAUCAAUCUGAUAGAAUAUACACGUGUAAAUAUUUCUUAUAUUUUAAGAAGAUGGAAUCUACUUGAGAUUGAGAUGCUAUAUAAUUUUUGGGAAUAAGCAGAUAAAUAGAUAAAAAAAGACCAGACAGAAUAUGAAAGAGAAUUUUAAAAAAUGUACUUAGAUUCUAGGAGUACUUUAUAGAUAAUACUGGACAUACUAUUUAUAAGUGUAUGUUCAUUUCCAUAAAUUAAAGUGGAAAAUUAAUAAGGUACUUGUUUAGUUAUUAUUGCUCUGUUUCUAGGAUUUUAUACUUCUAUCAAUUAGUUUCAGUUUUAAAAUAAGUAUACUCAUAUUUCCAGUUUGCAUGGAACAUAGGCAAGUCCCCAUAUGGCAGAACACAGCAGUUUUAAAUAGUUAACAAAUUUAACAAUUUACAAUUUUACUAAACAGCAGUUAAAAUUAGUAAAAUUAAAACAGAGUUAUAGUAGCAUUAUCCUGCUCUAGUGUGCAUUUAUGGCACAAAAUGACAUUGGAUAAUUUUUGUACCCUUAUACAUAGAAUGUUAUGGAUUAAUAAAUAGAAUAAAUUCCAAAGCAAUAUAUCUUUGUUCAAAAUAUCAAAACUAAAAAUAGAAAUUCUAAUAGAGAUGUAAGAAUGCAUUUUGAUGGGUAACAUGGUAUAGCAAAGAGAGCAUUGGCUCAACAGUUAGGAGUACUAGCUCAAUUCAUAUUUCUGACACAUAUUCAUUUUGUUAUCUUGUACAAAUCCCAAAUCCUUCACUAUCUCACCCAUUUUUAUCUUUAUAGUCUUUUUACAUAUUACUCCCCUCUAUGUAUUUUGCUAUAUUAUGACACUACCCUCUUCCUACUAGCUGAUCUGGCCUCAUUCCAGCUUUACCUUUUACAGAGAGCUUUUCUUGGUCCUCCUAAAUUUUAAUGCUUACUUUCUGUGAUUAUUUUAAUUUAUCCAACAUAAACCUUGUUUGUAUAUAGUUAUUUGUAUAUUAUUUCCAGUCUCACCCCUUAGACUGUGAGUUUCUCCAGAAUGUGAAUAGAUUUUUGAAUUUUGUUUUGUUUUAUUUUUGUCUCUCAUGAAAUCCCCAGCACUUAGCACAAAUGCCUGAUACUUAGUAUUUCAUAAAUGUCUGUUAACUGACAAGUAGGCUUAAAUUUAAGUCUUUAAGAUUUAUGUUACAGAGAAGGUAUUGAUUUGCACUGGUACAAGGAACACCUGAUCUAGAGCUCUCUAUACUAAAAAAAUUACAGAUUUAGUUUUUUAAAAAUUGAUACUUUUUAGGAUGUGAUACAAGGGUAUUAUGGUACAAACAAGAAAAUUAUUAAGAUGAUGGUAAAUAUUCCAGAAAUAAUAAAAUAUCUAUCUAUAAUUCUUAGAGCUGAGGAUUGAGUUGAGAUUAGGUGAGUGGUAUGGUGUGAGAUGUCUGUGCACACAUGCAUGUGUGUGUGUGUGUUGGAAAAUAAAGGGUCAGAGCUAUGUGCAAACAUGAAAGUGGCCAUGGGAAGAAGAUCUGAAGGGAUCUUCACCUUGUCAGUAAACCACUGUGAAGGGUAUGCAGCUUUCAUUUUCUGGAAGUGAUAAUGGCAAAGAGAAAUGGCUCUGUUCACUCACAACAGCUCCUAGUGUUGAGCUAAUUUAACAACCCAACAAACUCCUGUUAAUUAUCUGUACUGUGCAAAAUAUUGUGCUAUUCUCUGGGGAAUGUAGUAAAAUCAAAGUUGCUUACAAAAGAGCUUACAUUCAACUAAGAUGAGUUUGCUGUGCUGGGAAGAGGAGGUUAUGGAUUAUACCUUUUGGAAGCCCUUCCCAUUCAUUCCUUUUGCCUCCACUCCAAACACAAACAUAUUUGUAAAAUAAUUAACAUAAUUCACUUUCAUGCUAGCCAAAUAAAUCUAGUAUGAGUUCAGUUAUACUCUCUUCCCUCUGCCAUUUUCUCCCACUCUUCUUGACGAUGCCAGAAACUCUUAUAAAAGCAGAUGUCAUUUUCAGGUAUGUCACUUUCAAAGUAAUUUUUUUGGCAUAAAGUUUCAUUUAAGACUUGUCAGCCAAAAAAUUUAAAGAUCAAAUCCUUCCAUGUUUUAAUGUAAUGUUAGGGUAAAGUAAGCAGGAUAGCAUUAGAUGACUAAUGUAGAAGGGGCCAACUCAGUGAAAAAAAAUGUGGGGGAACUCACAUUCUAAAAGAGAAACUAACAUUGAAGAGUUUACAAUUUUACCUAAGAUGUGCCAUGUUUAUAUUCAAAUGAAAAUGACAAAUGCUUUGCAUGCGCUGAGGUAUUUUUGUUAUAUAGUUGUUAAUAUGGACAAUUUUGUUUUGCAUGAUUUAAGAUUUUUAUCUUAAAAAUGUGUUUGACAUUCAUUAUAAUGGAAUGUCCUCAAAUUUAUUUGGUAAUUGACAUAUUACUAUAUUUGCAAACAAAACACAUCAAAUCUUGGGUUUCUUCUGUAUUAGUAAGAUUAUUUUUAUUAAAAUUAAACAUCACAUAUGAUUUUUUUUCUGCUUAUUAGUCCUAGGCUUGGACUUCCAAUUAAAAAUAUUUCUCAAAAUGAAAAUCUAUAGGAGACAACUUUUAUUUUAUCAGUAUUUUUCUUAAUAAUGUCUGUACUUUUAUUUCUCUUCUAGGAAAAAGGUAGUGAUAAUUGAGUUGAUGAUUAAUAUGGUUUAUUACUACAAUGAGUAAAUGGCCUCCAAGUUAUCCCUGAGAACUUUAUCUUUUAUUUCAUGGAAUAUUCAUUUUGUUUUAGCAGUAUAAAAAUAAGUUUGAUUGUCUCUAUUGAAUAUCAUAAAAAAUUAUAUUCUUUCAACUAUAUGCUUUUCAGAUCAUGCAUGAUGAAAGAGCCUUAUACUGUAUUCUAGGAAUGAAAAAAAAAACAUUAUUGAAAUAUUAGUUAGAACUUGUUAUUCCAACUAUUAUUGUUUAAAAAUUGUUUAUUCCCACAAAUCACCAUAUGUAUCUAUAGAAGACUAGAAAAUGUGUAUUUCUCUCCCCUUUCUCCAUUUUAUACCACUUUAUGGAUAGUUGUAGUAUAUCCAAUAUUGACCUUAUGGAAUGUGAAUGCUAUUUAUUCUAUAUAAACAUAUAAAUAAAAUAUAUAUCUUGAAUUGUA